AUGUCGGAAAAAAACGCUAAGCUCAUGGGACCCAUAUUGUUAGAAAAGGCUCAACAAUUUGCGAACGAAUUGGAUAUCCCUGAUUUUGAAGCAAAUUUAGGUUGGCUUCAUCGUUGGAAAAAAAACCAGAACAAUCGUUUUAAGAGGCUGCACGGUGAAUCAGUUUUUGCUAAUGAAGAAGCAGUAAAUAAUUUCAAGGAACUUGUUAGUCCCAAGCUCUUAGAAAAAUAUGCACUUGAAGAUGUGUUCAACGCUGACGAGACUGGUUUGCUGUAUAAAGCAUUGCCCGAUAGAACAUAUGUUUCAGGAAACCAAACAGUGAGCGGAUAA